CUUGCACCGAUCCGUCCCAGCCUUUGGCGGGAAGCGGUGGCCAGCUCCGGGGGCGGCCUGCCUCCUCCCUUCCCGCCAGUCGUAAAGUGCUGGAAAGGGCCCCGCGCUUUACGGCGCCGUCGGUGAGACCCGGAAGUCUCCCUGUCCCUGGAGAUCGAAAUGCUUUACCUGAUCGGCUUGGGCCUGGGAGAUGCCAAGGACAUCACAGUCAAGGGCCUGGAAGUUGUGAGGCGCUGCAGUCGAGUGUAUCUGGAAGCCUACACCUCAGUCCUGACUGUAGGGAAGGAAGCCCUGGAAGAGUUUUAUGGAAGAAAAUUGAUUCUUGCUGACAGGGAAGAAGUGGAACAAGAAGCAGAUAAUAUUUUGAAGGAUGCUGAUGUCAGCGAUGUUGCAUUCCUUGUGGUUGGUGAUCCAUUUGGGGCCACAACACACAGUGAUCUUAUCCUGAGAGCAACAAAGUUGGGAAUCCCUUAUCAAGUCAUUCACAAUGCCUCCAUAAUGAAUGCUGUAGGCUGCUGUGGUUUACAGUUGUACAAGUUUGGAGAAACAGUUUCUAUUGUGUUUUGGACGGACACUUGGAGACCAGAAAGCUUCUUUGACAGAGUGAAGAAGAACAGACAAAAUGGCAUGCACACUUUGUGUUUGCUUGAUAUCAAAGUGAAGGAGCAGUCCCUGGAAAAUCUCAUGAGGGGAAGGAAGAUCUAUGAACCUCCUCGAUACAUGAGUGUGAACCAGGCAGCCCAGCAGCUUCUAGAAAUUGUUGAGAAUCAGAGAGCACGCGGGGAAGAACCAGCAAUCACUGAGGAGACACUCUGUGUUGGCUUAGCCAGAGUUGGCGCUGAAGACCAGAAAAUUGCAGCGGGCACUUUACAGCAGAUGUGUACAGUGGACUUGGGAGGACCAUUGCAUUCUUUGGUCAUCACAGGGGGUACCCUGCACCCACUGGAGAUGGAAAUGCUAAGUCUUUUCUCUAUACCAGAAUCCCAAAGUAUUAAUGGACUCUGAACAUGGACAUUUUCUGUUGUCUCACGUUAAUUUCAGUUCUGUUGGGUGUGUGGUAUUUAUAUGACAAAUGGCAUGGGUCUGUCGUUUAUCUAGAAAGUGUAACAGAAGUGACAAGAGGAGGCAACAAGAGUUGAUCCAGCAGUGUUGGCUUUCCCGCAGCAGUUCUUCCCCCUUUCAUCAUCAUGACUGUUGUGGCAUCGGCGGGCUACUCGCCAGGGUGUACACAUGGAGCAGAUGAAACCGGAAAGUGUGGCUGGACAUCACACACAGUUACAAGAUUUUCAUAGAUGGAACCCAUCAAUGCAAGGAGGCUGGUUCAAGAAUAACUGAGGAAACUGGAAUGUGAAUCACCUAAACCCGAUUUUGAAGGGAUAAAGAAGCAGGGAGUAAUAAGUAAAGCAAAUAAAAGCUUGCUAACUAUUCCCUUACUGUCUUAUGAUCUCCUUAUGGAAAGGUGGCUGUUGGGAACUGAGAACAUGCCUUAGUUGGUAAAGUGCUCCUGUGCAAACAUUAAGAGCUAGAAUCCCCAGCACUCAUGGGAAAAAUCCAGUGUGGGGUGUAGGCUGAACCCUAGCACUAGGUGGAGAACAGAGACAGGCAGAUCCCUGGAGCUUUCUGGCUAAUCUGCAUGCCUUACUCAGUGAGAGACACUGUUUCCAAAAAAUAAGUUGAUAGCUGAGUAUGGGAGUGCGCUCCUUAAAUCCCAGCACUUGAGAGGCAGGCAGGCAGAUUUCUGAGUUCAAGGCUAACCUGAUUUCCAUAGCAAGUUCCAGGCCCUUGUGCUGUAUAAUAUCUCUAAAUAAAUAAACAAACAAAUAGAUAAAUAAAUAAAUAGAGCAAGAUAGAAUAGGAGGAUACCCAGUGUUGGUGUUAGUCAUCACACAUACACACUUACUAAUUAUAAGAGGCUCAUUUGUUUAAUAACUUGUGUUGGUCUGGAGUAGAAGUAGCUUUGCUACACACUACUGUGUUAGUUCAAGUCAUAAGUAUUUCCAUAGCCUAAUCAACUUGACCUUUUUGCUUAGUAUAUUCAUGAAUAUUAGUUGAAAAUUUUUCUACUUUCUGGUAUUAUGUGUUAGCUAGAAUUAUUUUGAUGUUUCAUUUGGGAUGAAAUAUUUUAAUGUGUAUAAAAUAUUCCAUUUUCAGUCUCUUGUGUACACAAGAAGAAAGAACUAAGUACCUUAAAUCAGUUUUAUAUUGUUUUCUUUGGAGAUGUUUAACUAAACAUUUAAGAACUAUAAAAAUAAAGGACUUCUGGGUUUGGUAGUUGA